CUCAGACGGCAGCCAGGCAGGCUCAGCUCCGCUCCGCGAGCCGGGAGGCACAAAGGAGGUGUGCUCGCAUGGAGCCGCGGUGACGCUUCAGCUCAUUGUUGUCUGGCUGCGCUUGUGUGCGGCGGACCCCUGCCGCGUGCCUCCAUUAUGACAACCCCGAUGGCACCGCACACUCCUCUAUAGCUGCCGUGCGUUCAUCGCCAUGGGGACCGCGAACAAAGAGGCUCCUGGACCUUGACUCUGUUGCCAUGGUGACCCUGUAGCAAGAAAUCCAUAAGUGUGUUGCCCUGGUUGUCACAUGAAAAAAAUACCCGGCGAGCAGCAGCAGCAGCAGCCGCCGCCAUGGGAACGUCCAGGUUGUUCCACAUCUUCGUCAUCCUGGGCUCGGCCUUCAUGAUCCUCCUCAUCAUCAUCUACUGGGACGACGUCGGCACGUCGCACCUCUACCUGCACACCCCCGUCUCGCCGGGCCCCAAAACCCCCCACCUGCCCCCGCAGCAGAAGCCCCAGACCUCCCGGACGCCGUCCUUCCUGUCCGACAUCGACGCCUUCGUCAACCAGUUCCUGGAGCCGGGGACCGGCGAGCCCACCGACCCCGCCCCGGCCGACGCCAGCAACCAGUCGGAGAAGGCGGAGGAGCGAUACGUCCCGAGGAGGGAGUGGAAGAUCCAUCUGACGCCGGUGGCGCCGGAGCUGGUUGAACGACAGGAGCAGCGGCGGAGGUUGCUCCGGGAGAUGUGCGCCAACGACAGCGUGGUUUUUCCCGGGAAAAACCGCUCGUUCGACGACAUCCCCAACAAGGAGCUGGACCACCUGAUCGUGGACGACAGGCACGGCAUCAUCUACUGCUACGUUCCCAAGGUGGCGUGCAGUAACUGGAAGCGCAUCAUGAUCGUCCUGAGCGAGCGAAUGCUGCAGGACGGCGUCCCCCAGAGAGACCCGCUGGCGAUCCCCACCGACCUGGUCCACAACUCCAGCAUGCACUUCACCUUCAAUAAGUUCUGGAAGCGCUACAGCAAGUUCGCGAGGCACCUCAUGAAGGUGAAGCUGAAGAAAUACACGAAGUUCCUUUUCGUGCGGGAUCCCUUCGUGCGUCUCAUCUCCGCCUACCGGAAUAAGUUUGAGCAGCGCAACGAGGACUUCUACCGCCGCUUCGCGCAGGUCAUGCUGCGCCGCUACGCCAACCAGCCCACUCCCCCGGCCUCCGCGGACGAGGCGCUCGCCGUCGGCGUCCACCCGCUGUUCUCCCACUUCGUCCAGUACCUGCUGGACCCCCAGACGGAGAAGGACAUGCCCUUCAACGAGCACUGGCGCCAGGUCUACCGGCUGUGCCACCCGUGCCAGAUCCAGUACGACUUCGUGGGCCACCUGGAGACGGUGGAGGAGGACGCCGAGCAGCUGCUCCGCCAGCUGCGGGUGGACAACGUGGUGGAGUUCCCCGCCUCGCAGAGGAACCUGACGGCCAGCAGCUGGGAGACGGACUGGUUCAGCACGGUGCCGCUGGAGGCGCGCAGGGAGCUCUACAAGCUGUACGAGCCCGACUUCAGGCUAUUCGGCUACGAGAGACCCGAGUCCAUCCUGAACGAGUGACUGUGGGUCUGCAGAGGUCAACCGCCACAGAAACACGGCGUUUUUUUUCUAAUGUAUUGAAACAGUAUCUCCCCCCCUGACGACAGUGAUGCAUUUAUCUCUUUACUCCAAGCUUUGUUUACGCGACGCCGAAUGUGCACAUCGGAAAGGACCUUCACUGCUCAGAGGAAACGCACGAAUGAUGUCGAGCCUUCAUAGAUAGUCGUUUCCUUCUCUCUUUUUUUUUUUUUUUGAUGUUGUGCAAAUAGGAAGAAGCACACAUGUCAGCGUGGGCCGUGGAAGCUGGAGACCUUCAGAUGUGUCACAUUCAGUGUAAUCCCCAACCCCACGUUUUUCGCGUCUCCUCCUUUGAUGUCGCGCGGCACCGUGGCGUUGUGACUAACUGUGAUAAUCACACAGGCUGCAGCAGAGAAACGCCGCCGCGUUCUUCUGUGUUGCAGUGGCACGGAAAGCUUUUCUGGUUGUGAUGGCAACACAGAUGAAACGGUUCUGGAAAGAAUCCGGGGCAUUUAGACGAUUAAAAACAAGGUUUUAUUUUUUAUUUUUAGAUUAGUUUUAAGUGUAGUUGCACUAGAGCGGUAGUCUUCAGCUAAUUUAUUUCACGUUGUUUGAAUGCAGCGUUUGCGUUGAGCAGGAAAGGGACGUUUUAAUGUUGAACAAACAAGUGACUGACAGUGGAAACCGGUGCUGGAAUACCUCAUAGACACACAUAUCAUCAUCUGAAGAACAAACCUGAAUUCUCUCAAGCUGCAGCAUGGAUUGGAUCUGACACCGAUCAGCCAUAAUGUUAUGACCGUUUGAAUGCAACAGGUUGUGUUUUCAUCAUAGCGGCGCCUGUUUGUGGGUGAGUGUAGAGGUUUGAUAGCUAGAGCGUUGAAUGAACUCCUCUGCAAACAUGAAUCCCGGUUCUUGUCUAAAAGUGCUCUGAAGUAGCAUGUGACGACGUGUAGCUGCAUUUAAAGGAAGAAGGCAAGAGAUGUGACAAUUUUCUGCUUCAAAAGCUCGAGUCCUGCCUUCCCAUGUGGAUUUCUAUUGUUGCAGACAGCCGACAACCUUUCAUGAAAAGAUUAUUCCCUGUGGCCUUUUUUUUUUAGAAAGAUAAUCAAUGGAAUAGUUUUGAGUUAUUCAGAAACCAGACUGAGGUGUGGGUUUGGCUUCUGAAUGUCUUCACUGAACUUGACAGAACUUUAAAAGAUCUGCUGCUGCUGUCUUGGUGCCAGAUGUGAAAGGAGUAAGAGGAGGAGAGUUAUGGCUGAUCGGUGUUUCGCCACAAUCAUUUCCGAAUUCUUUUAUUUAUGGGUUUUUUUUUUUGCUGCUUGCUUUCAUUGGCCGGUUCUGCAGCAUGAUGCAAAUGCCACAAUGUAGCCUCAUCAAACAGAAGCACAGCAGCCAGAUAGCGGGAUUUGUCCCAGCUUGUUUACGGGACACAAAACCGGAGCAACCGCAUUGUUUUGAUUUCCCCGCCGCCGCCGCCGCCGUGCGUGCACAGGUGUACGUCUGCAUAUUAAGGGGUUUCUAAAGGGAGCAAUUUCUUGCGGUUCUGCCUGCGUUUGAUCACAUUUGUGUUUUAUUUUUUUGUUUUCUUUUUAACCCACAAAAGGCAGUUUGUAACAUUCAAACCCCAGAGAUCAACCUGAACACUUUCUAAACGGCAGCAUUUUCAUGGGAUGCAUCAUCUUUGUAGCAAGGAGCUGAGCACAUUGCACAAAGCAAACUGUAAAUAUAUACAUAUAUAUAUAUAUAUAUAUAUCUAUAUCUAUACACACACAGACACACACACAAUGCGAAUGCACUGUUGUGAAGAUGCAUGAAGUUGGUUUUACAGUUGGAAUUUUAAGUAUGACUGAUACGCCGGUGGUCCGAGGUUUCAGGAUUCAUGUCAGAAGACACGUGCCUUUGGUUGAAAAAGUUUACACCGCAAAAAAAAAAAAAAGAAAAAGAAAAAAGAAGUAUUUUUGUAGGAGGACUUACUUUUUACUUCAAGCCACAACAAGGUAUAUUUGAUAAAACGGGCCUUGUUUAUCUUAUGUGACUUAUUAUUUGGGACUAAUGGGAAACAGCCGAGCCCUUUAGCAGAAGGUCUGAAUGAUUUCUUACGCCGUGUGUUUGUGUCCGGUGGAUCGCACCGUGUUCUCAUCACCACCUGGUUCCAGACUAUGCGAUGGCACACACACGCACACACACUCUCACACACACACACACACACACACACACACACACACACACACGUGCGAUUAAGUCAGUGUUGUCUCAGUGCCUUUUGGUUAGUCUUGUGGGGCAUUGUGACGGUGUGAAAUGUUAAAGCGGCAUCGUUCCCUCAUCACAUCUCCUCAUGAAUAUACACAAAGGAAAGCUCGUGUGUAAACAGAAAAAAAAAAAGAGAACCGCACUCCUCAGUGUUGUAUUGCAAGCCGUCAUCUUUUCAUAUCUUUAUUCUUGUUUAUGUUCUGUCGUUGGAUUUGUUUUUGAAAGUCAACACUUGUGUUAUUUCUGCUGCUUAUUUCUGUCAAACUGCAAAAAAAGACACAGGAAAGUCAAGAUUGUAAGAUGCAAAACUAUUAAAAAAGGAAAGAAAAAAAAAAGAGCUUGUUGAUGUAUCACUCUGUCAGGGUAAACCGGCCUUUGUUAAGCCUGAAGUUGGACCGUCGAUGUGCAUAUUUUUACCCGCAGUAACCCAGGGCAACAUUUCAUCCCAGAAUAACUCGACGGCUUGUUUAAUCUUCAGCACCAAACCACGUCCUACAUUCUGACCUCAUCCUGACAGCACGCUGAAGCACACACACAAGGAAAACAAAAAA